GCCGCCACCAGGGCGUGGCCCAGACUGCGGCGCCUCACCAACCAACAGCAAGGAACAAAUCAAAUCACCCGGCCGCCCGGCCAUGUCGUCCUACGGCCCCACCACCGCCGCGGCGGCGGCGGACGCGCUGGAGGUUGCCGCCGGCGGCAGCUACCGGGUGUGCGACACGGUGGUGCUCAUCUGCCUGGCCUGCGCCUCCAGCCUCAUCGUCCUCACGGCGGCCGUCUGCUUCCGUCGCGCCAUCGCCAACGGGUACGCGGCCGCCGCCGCGGGCUCCAACGGCGGCGCCGGGGCCGCAGCUGCCGCCAGCUGCGGCCUGGCGCCGUCCGCGCUCUCGGCGAUCCCCAUGCUCGCGUACCGGAGGGGCGCCGGGUGGGCGCAGUGCGCGAUCUGCCUCGCCGUGGUGCGGGACGGGGAGACGGUGCGGCGACUGCCGGCGUGCGGGCACCUGUUCCACGUCGAGUGCAUCGACCUGUGGCUGCGCUCCCACGCCACGUGCCCUCUCUGCCGGCGCGACGUCGGCGAGGCCGCCGCCGCCGAUGAGAAAGUCUGAGCUCGCCGCCGGCCGAACCAGGAUCAUCAGACGCCGGCCUCUGCGACUGCCCCAACCUGUUUCCCUCCAUGACAUCGACAUCUCAGUACUUGUACAUGCUAGCUAGGGAGCUAGACAGAUUAUAUUAAUGCUAGAAUUUAAGAUUUUUUAGCCAUCUGAUUGGGUUUUGUUACUGCACUUGGUUUUGCAAUUUUUAUAAAACGCAAUCAUGGAUGCAAGAUGCACAUUGAAAUAUUAGAGGUGUGUCUAGAUCAGGAGACAAAGGAACUCGAUCAUAUAAGGAUUUGGAUUAGAUUGGAGUGUAAAAAAAAACAGGAUGGUGAUGAAAUGGUGGCAACGUUGGUCAGCUGUUGAACAGUGGAAGGAUAUUGUAAGGAUCUAUAUCUAUCGUAAAGGAUAAUAUAAGAACAAUAAUUCUAUUUUGUCAUA